GUCUCUACGUCACUCCUCCUCAGUCCAAAUGUGGUCACUUCCUGUUCACUGGUUGCAAAAAAACCAAAAUGUCCACUUCUUGUAAACAGUCCGUGGUUUUAAUCCGCUUCUUCUUCUUCUUCUUUCCUCCCAGAUGACCGAUAACAGCAUCAAUCUCCCGGAUCACGUGACCUGCUCCAUCCAGUGGGCGGACGCCGUGGUGCUGGUGUACUCCACGACGGACCGCCGCAGCUUCGACCUGAUCGAGCAGCUGCACCAGCAGGUCGUCCACACCGGCGGCGCCACCAUGCCCCCCGUGAUCCUGCUGGCCAACAAGGCGGACCUGCUGCACCUGAGGCGCGUGGACUCCCAGCAGGGCUCGCUGCUGGCGUCCACGCUGGGCUGCUCCUUCUACGAGGUGUCCGCCAGUGAGGACUACAGCCAGGUGCACAAGGCCUUCCACCGGCUGUGCUGCCAGCUGGCCAAGCAGCAGCCGGCGGCGCCACCAACGCCGGCUGCCGCCAACGCCACGGAGAAGAGGCGCUCGCUCCUCAUCCCCAGGCCCAAGUCGCCCAACAUGCAGGACCUGAAGCGGCGCUUCAAGCAAGCGCUGUCGGCGAAGGUGCGGACCGUCACCUCGGUGUGAGGAGAUGCUGAGACGGUGUUUUAAAACGUGGGCCAGAGCGGCCAGAGAAAGAAAGCCUUUAGAGGCGGAUCACAAGUCCUCGGAUCAGUCGGGAGGCUGAAUCUUUACGGGAGGCGACGUCCUCUGAAGUGACGGCCGUCUGUCCCGUCAGGUACUGAGUGUGAGGAUGUCCAUCACGUGUCACGAGAGGCGACACCUGAGGAGAAGCAGCUGCGAGACUGAAGUUAAAACAAACUCAAAUCCAGCUCUCCUGGCAGCAGCAGCGCUGAAGGACGGCUUAUUUUUAGCCGACUGUGGCUGUUUUUAAUUCAGACUGCCUCUGCAUGGCUCCACUAGAUGUUGGUGUUAUUAUAACAGACACUUGAGCCGGGCUGUGUGUGUGUGUUUGCAGCAUUGUGAUUGACAGGCUGAUGCAGCAGUAUGUAGCGUGUUAUCACUGAUGACCUUUAUGAACAAAAGAGCGACCCAAAGGGCCUUUUUGUUAUUUGUUACAAAUUCACCUUGUGUUCACAAUAAAAAAGAAAAUGAUGAAUUUAA